UAGACUCUGGGUGGGCCACAAUAUUUGCUUAGCUUUGGGAAUGGGUGUUCCGACGAAAGUGUAUGUUCAUACGAACAUCUACACGUACAGUAAUAAGUAUAAAAAUUUGGAUCGUUUCGUAAAGGAUGUGAAAAGGUUCCUAAGGGAGUACGAUAGCAUAGUGCUGCACAAGGAUCUGUAUAACCUCGUCUUCCGUAGUUAUCUGCGCGAGAUUCGAUCGAAGGUGAAAAUUGUGUUGCAAAAAUUUGGAGCUGCACCGUGUGAUGAUGGCAGCACGCAUACUAAAAAGGAAAUGUUCUGUUGUGGGUUAGCAUUCACGGAAGCGGAACAGUUUCGUAAGCACUAUAAGGCAGUGCAUAACGAAGCCUUUCUCGUGUAUCCUAAUACGCUAGAGCUCAAAUCGGCAUUCGCCAAACUGGACCACAUGCGCCACCGUCUGGAUGAGUACACGCGCUUCGGCAAGGAGUAUACGCUAGCCCUGCUGUUGGACUUGAAGAAAAUAGCGAAGAACAUCUCUGGCACCUUGAAGUUUUAAAAUAAGAUGACACUAGACUCAAUAAAUGCCCAUUCCGCCUUAAACAUUGCCCUCCUCUCCUCGGUGCAGAAGGCUUCAAGAUCAAACCGCGCUAAUGCCACGAUUAUCAUGCGAUCGCAGCCGAUCGGUUGGC